ACUCGGUUUCCCUGCGGCCCCGGGAGGCUCGCGGGCCAUUGGCUGAGUGGGGCGGAUCUGGUCGCGCUCCUCCCCGCCCCCAGUGACACAAUAGCAGCUCCCACCAAGAUGGCGGCGGCGACGGCGGACCCGGGAGCAGGGAGCCCGCAGGCUGGGGACUCCUCCAGCGGGGGGGCUGGGGGCGGGCUGCCGUCCCCCGGGGAUCAGGAGCUGAGCCGGCGCCUGCAGCGCCUGUACCCCGCGGUCAACCAGCACGAGACGCCAUUGCCGCGUUCCUGGAGCCCCAAGGACAAGUACAACUACAUCGGCCUCUCUCAGGGCAACCUCCGUGUCCACUACAAAGGUCAUGGCAAAAAUCACAAAGAUGCAGCUUCAGUUCGAGCUACUCACCCCAUACCCGCUGCCUGUGGUAUUUAUUACUUUGAGGUGAAGAUCAUCAGCAAAGGAAGAGAUGGGUACAUGGGAAUAGGACUCUCAGCUCAAGGAGUCAACAUGAACAGACUUCCCGGUUGGGACAAACAUUCUUAUGGUUACCAUGGUGAUGACGGGCAUUCCUUCUGCUCUUCUGGGACUGGCCAGCCAUAUGGUCCCACAUUCACCACAGGAGAUGUGAUCGGCUGCUGUGUCAACCUCAUCAAUGGCACCUGCUUCUACACCAAGAAUGGCCACAGUCUUGGUAUAGCCUUCACAGACCUACCGGCCAACCUCUACCCCACCGUAGGCCUCCAGACACCUGGGGAGAUUGUGGAUGCCAACUUUGGGCAGCAGCCCUUCCUGUUCGACAUUGAGGACUACAUGCGGGAGUGGCGUGCUAAGGUCCAGGGCACCGUCCACGGCUUCCCUAUCAGCGCCCGGCUGGGUGAAUGGCAGGCGGUGCUGCAGAACAUGGUCUCGUCUUACCUGGUGCAUCAUGGGUAUUGUGCCACGGCCACGGCUUUUGCCCGAAUGACUGAAACCCCGAUUCAGGAAGAACAGGCGUCCAUAAAGAACAGACAAAAGAUCCAGAAGCUGGUGCUGGAGGGCCGGGUGGGUGAAGCCAUUGAGACAACCCAGCACUUCUACCCUGGGCUGCUGGAGCACAACCCUAACCUGCUCUUCAUGCUCAAGUGCCGACAAUUUGUGGAGAUGGUGAAUGGCACCGACAGUGAGGUCCGCAGCUUGAGCUCCCGAAGCCCCAAGUCCCAAGACAGCUAUCCUGGCUCCCCCAGCCUCAGCCCCCGACAUGGCCCCAGUAGUUCCCACAUGCAUAACACAGGAGCAGACAGUCCCAGCUGCAGCAAUGGCGUCGCAUCCACCAAGAGCAAACAGAACCACAGUAAAUACCCCGCACCCAGCUCCUCCUCCUCGUCCUCGUCCUCCUCGUCCUCCUCCUCCCCGUCCUCCGUCAAUUACUCCGAGUCCAACUCAACAGACUCUACCAAGUCCCAGCCCCACAGCAGUACCAGUAACCAGGAGACCAGUGAUAGCGAAAUGGAGAUGGAAGCAGAACAUUAUCCCAAUGGCAUGCUGGAAACCAUGUCCACACGCAUUGUCAAUGGUGCCUACAAACAUGAGGACCUGCAGACAGAUGAGUCUAGCAUGGAUGAUGGACAUCCACGACGGCAGCUCUGCGGGGGCAACCAGGCUGCCACAGAGAGGAUCAUCCUGUUUGGCCGUGAGUUGCAAGCACUAAGUGAGCAGCUGGGCCGAGAGUAUGGCAAGAAUUUGGCCCACACAGAAAUGUUACAGGAUGCCUUCAGCCUACUGGCAUACUCAGAUCCCUGGAGCUGCCCAGUUGGCCAGCAGCUUGACCCCAUCCAGAGGGAACCUGUAUGCGCUGCUCUCAACAGCGCCAUUUUAGAGUCUCAGAACCUGCCAAAGCAGCCUCCUCUGAUGCUCGCCCUGGGCCAGGCAUCUGAAUGUCUACGGCUCAUGGCCCGAGCGGGCCUGGGAUCUUGCUCCUUUGCCAGAGUUGAUGACUACUUGCACUAGCUGACCAUACUACUGGCUGGCCCACCUGGCCCUCCUUCGGCUCCCAGGCUGGAGCAGCCCUGCCCUCCAUAUGCACCUGGCACAGGGACCUGGAAGCCAUGGAAAGAGUCCAUUCCUCCUGCCCAGCCUGCCUGCCCAUCUUCCCUCCCUCCCUCUUUUCCUUCCUUCCUUCCUUCCUUCCUUCCUUCCUUCCUUCCUUCCUUCCCUCUUUCUUUCCUCCUCUUGCUCCCUCUCUCUUUUCCUUACUCUCUUUUCCCUUUAUGUGCAGAGGCCUGUGACACAGUAUUGGCUGGUUACUCAUGUAGCGCCUUCUCUUUUAAAGGAGCUUUUAUUUUGAGGAGGGGUUGGGGUUUUUUAAUCUUUUUUCCUCCUGACUGAGCCACCAGUGUUUAUCUCGGGAGAAUUUGUGCUGAGCUGGUUUCUGCUAAUUUAGUGAUAAAACCUAUCCAGGUUGGUGAUAGCUUAUUAUUUUCAUAAGUAAAAAAAGGAAAAAAAAUAAAUGAGAUUAUAUAUAUAUAUAAAUAUAUAUAUAUUAAAAAAAGAGAGAGAGAGACACAGUAUUUAUCGUAGCAUUAGUGGUCCAGCACCUCUUGGGUGAGGCUGUCCAGACACUAUGUGUUUUUAUUUUAAUCCAACUCAUUAAAAAAAAAUAUCAUCUCUGUCACCUCAGCAAAGUGAUUUAUUUUAGGCUCCCUCUUUGUUGAGCCACAGGCCCAGCUGCCACACAGAGAAAUUGCAUUGACAUUUGGGGUAGGGCAGGGGACUUGGUAGGCAGGAUCAGGCUAAGUUGCUUUGCAGCAUCUCAGGAGAUAUUGGAUAUCCCUAAGUAUGAGUGUUCCUAGGUCCCUGAGAGUUGGACUAAGCAGAGAGCUGCAAGGCCAGAAAUCCAAAGAAGUGCUAAAUUGGCCCAGGGCCAUACAGCAAAGCAAGGAAGCAGAGGGUCCUUGGCCAGCACACUGUCUACCACUCUACCCUGCCUCUCACUGCCUGCCUUGUUCCUCUUCUCUUCUCAAUGUCCUGCCUUCACUUGUUAUUAAGGUGGCCAAAUAAUUCAUUUCUUCUCGAUUGAUUUCCUGAAAACUACCUGCCUUCAGACCAAGAGCUGCUGAGUGCCAGCCGCUAGGAGGAGCACUCAUUCCCAGGAGAGAGGCUCUUGAGGACAGGGACUGCUCUCUUCCUGCUUGGGUCUUUUAACAGUCGCUGCACAGCUCUGAUGGGAUUGAUGAUGGUACCUCAUGGAAGCAGAUGCUGGUCCCUGGAGUAGAUGUAACUUGACUGUGUACCUGGUUUUCUGCAGCUGUGCCAGGCUACUGUUUGCAGAUUGGCCCAAGCCAUUGUAGGGAAGAGGAAGGGACCGCCGCCACGCCACCCCCCCACCCCCCCAUGAGCUUUACAAAUGUCUUACCAGUUGUUUCAGAUGAUCCUUUCCAGCUGUUAGGCAAAAGUCCUGCUACCACUGGAAGGGCUGAGAUGCUGCCAGGACUUGAGUGGCCAUCUGUGGAGAAGACUGGCUGUCCAGGAGGAGAAACAAGGAGAGUCCUACACAGAGGAGCACCUGGAGGGGCUGGGAUUACCAUACCUGCUUCACAGUGUGGAGGACAGCCCACAAGUAGUUCUAUAAUGAUUAGGGUCAGCCAUGCAAAGCCAGAAGUUGAACUUAGAAUUUCUGGACCUGGGCUGGUUGAGCAUCUGCUCUGUAAGUGGACAUGGGAGUGCCUGGUAAGGCCUAAGAUACUUCCUCCCUACCAAGCCCACAGCUGGACAAAAACCAAACAAUUUAGGUGAAUCAGCUGCUGAUGAGAAACCAGGACUCUGGCAGAGAUCUUCCAGAGUUUUGUCUUGGAGGAUCAUCCUAUAGGCUAUUUCUCUUUCUUAAUCCUUGCCAGGGCUCCAUCUGUCAGUCCAUAAAUCAUGACCCAUCAGGAGAUGGGAAAUUCAUUGUGGAAAAACAAGCUGCAGUCUCAGAGAUUGGAAACAUCAGGCUGUUAAAAUGGUCAGCCUGGGGGGCUGGAGGUACGGCUCACGUAAUGAGGUCCUGUGUUUAAACUCCAGUUACCCACACACACACACACAAAAUAAUCAGCCUGAGUCAGGUGCUGAAGGUUCACACCUAUAAUCCUAGCUACUUAAAGGCUAAAAUCUGAGGAUCAAGGUUUGAAGCCAGCCUGGGCAGGAAAG